AUUACCGCGCGUGUGUCGGUAAGGGAAGGUUUUGAACAAAUAAUCUACACAAAAUAUUGAAGAAUGAUUUGGCCUAUGGGUUUGGAUCAUCAUUUAUGCUCGAAGUCUCGGAAGGGCCCGUUUCGGACACCGUACCAAUUCUCGUUUACCUCUUUCACGCUUAUGGAUGACACAAACAACAAAACAACUGGUCUAAUUUGACAGUGGGAUCAAUAUUUGAGCAGAGCGAAGGUGUACGAGAAAAGGAGAGAAAACAUGUCAACAGUCAAACACGUUGCCCGGAUGACAACCGCAGCUGAAUUUUUUCGAACAGACACGCCAUCUGCUAGGCCACAACACAGGAUUAGAUUUUACACAGAGUCCCAAUGUCAGUUCAAGUGAAUGAUGGACUACAGCCGUACAGACGCCAACCUGGAUUUCCCCGCAGAACUGUCGCCAUAAUCGAGACCAGGUCCGCAGAAUGCUGAGUCCUAUUGUUCCCUAUAGCCUUUUGAAGAUGCACUGGAACCCGGAGCACGCCCAGCCCCUGAGCCAGUGGCCUGAGCAGCAUUUGGACGUGUCCUCCACCACUUCUUCCCCUGCCCACAAGACUGACCUGUACCCGAGUCGCAACCGCGGCUCCUACAGCUACGCCUGGGCCAAUGACGACAUAUCAGCCCUUACCGCCUCCAACCUGCUGAAGCGAUAUGCUGAGAAAUACUCCGGCAUGCUAGACUCGCCAUAUGAGCGGCCUGCCGUGAGUGCGUACCCUGAGCCCGUGGCCUUUGGGGCUCUCAACGGAGGCCCGAAAACUGAACUGGAACCUUGGCCUCUCACGCACAGCACUGACGGGGCGUAUCCUUUGGUGCCCCCUUCCUCCCAUGAUGGUCUGACAGGGCCGAAGGUUGCCACAUCAGCAGGUCCCCCAGGCUCAGGCAACGUGUCAACGGUUAACAGCAACAUGUCGGACUCCGGCUACAGUGGGAGCAGCUCUUGCAGUGGCCCCCAUUCCAGUGACUACCCCCCAAGUUACAACGGCACCUACCUCUCAUCAGGGUACUGUCCCCAACCCAGCUCAGCACUUCCACCAGCCUCGCUUCACGCCCUUCAGACUAACCCCUCGCUUCUUUCUAGUUAUACGCCUUCUGCCCCUGUAUACAACUACCCCCCCAGCACCUACUCACACCAGACCGGCCUGACUCCUAGCUACACCCACCCACCAGCUCCUUAUAUCGCCUCUGGCAUAGCUGCCCCCUCUCCACUUCCUUCAAGACCCACAGUGGUCGGAGGCAGCUACGGAUAUCAGAACAGCAGUCUAGGGGGCUCGGAGCCUGGGGGCUCUCUUAAGAGGAAAGCAUUUGAGAUGGCCCUUGAGGAGGAAGACGGAGAUGGCUCGCGCUAUAGAAAAUAUAGUUAUGACCCAAUGAAAGCUGGGGGAGAUUCUCCCUACGGCGUCGCUGACAAAGCAGAGUGCCGUGGAAAUGGCUUUGGAACAGCCAACGCAGAUCAUCAAGCCUUUAAGGCCAGCAAACCAUCAUCGCAGUCGAGCCUGGAAGGAGGGGAAGUAAAGUACAAUGGCCUGAAACCAUUGGUUUCACCACCAUAUGGCACAGCAGGGGAGUAUAGCCCUCCAGCAGCCAUGACAGGCGAGAAUGGAGGUGCAGAGCAAGGUUUCACCCAGCAGCGUUCUCAGAAACGCUCCGAUCCUCUGAAAAGCAUGGAGCCCCGUAUGCUUGAUCUGGUAAGCAGGGAGCUUCAGGAUUGCAGCCAGCCUCUGCUCUGGAGUGAACUGGCAGGAAACGGUCACAUCAAAGCUGCACUCGAGGAAGAUCUGCUGUGGCCUGUCUUACGGCCCAACCCUGGUAUCCGCCCACCCAAAACCGUCCUCUUGUUCGGCCCACAGAGAGGGGGCAAAACCACACUGACACGAUCCUUGGCAUCUCAGUUGGGCGCUGCCUUUUACAGGCUGAGUGGUGCUACAUUGGCCUCCAAACUGAAAGGAGAGGCAGAGCAACUUUUGGUUACACUGUUCUCAGUGGCAGUGACCCGUCACCCAGCUGUGGUGCUGCUGAGCGAGGUGGAGGCCAUUGAGGAGGAAGGGCUCAGACAGCAACUUCAGGCCCAGUUAGAGAAGAUUCAGCAUGGUCAGAAUGGCUUGGUUCUAGUGGUGUGUUCAACAAGACGGCCUGACUUGAUCAAAGAUUCGCUUCUCCGUUGCUUCUCCAAGCGGUACCACAUUGGCCUGCCAGACGGUAGCACACGCAGGCAGGUGCUCCUGCAGGCGCUGGCGCCCCAAGGCUGCAAUCUGAGCGAACGGGAGAUGUCAGCUGUACUGCAACGCUCUGAAGGCUUCUCGGUCUGGGAGCUCCUGCAGCUCUGCCAGCAGGCCCUGGCAUCAGCUUCUGCCUCCACACCUGUGCCUCUACACGGACACCCUGCGUCGCUCUCUUCCCCCGCCUUCCAAGACUUUGAAAAUGCUUUCUGCAAGGUACGCCCUCAUAGCACCCCCAAAGAACUGGACACUUGUAUGGAGUGGAGCAAAGUUUAUAGCCACUGAGAGACUGGUCAACCACUGGUUGGGGACUGCUUAAUGUUUUGUUUUUAACUACUUGUUGCAGCCAAAAGAGUGGGAUUUGUUGAGAAAUGAUUUGGUUUAUGAUGGGGAGACAUUUUGAAUGCAUUUAAUCUAGGAAACAUGCCACGGUGUGUUGUUUUUCUAUAAAUAUACAUAUACUUUAUUUUUUCCCAAAGAAAUGAAAUAUUAGGCCUUUCUUGAAGGGGCAUUUAUUAGUUGCUUGGCUUAUCUGACACAAAGUCUGAAUUAUAUUUUGGAAGUUCGUUAGAAUUCCAAUCAGCCUUGAUCCUGGACUAAACCUGGAGGUUAUAGAUAACUUGACUUUUCCUGAAAAAUACCCACAUUUAUCGCGACUCUCAGGAUCCUAUUUAUUGCCAGUCAACUCCAGUGAUGUUGUAUCGUUUGCAAUGAUUUACUUAAAAGGCUUUUUUAAGGUGUAGAAGGGCUGAGGAUAUAUCAAAAAUCUUUGUUUUACCAAAAAUUCUCACCAACAUUAUAUUUCCCAGAUUACAGCAUUCACCAAAAGGUAUCUACUGUUAUGCAACCUCUAGAAAAGAAAGCAACAGUAUUUUCCAAAAGUCGAUUGUUAGGCCGUAGUCAUAUCUUGUGCACUUUGUCAAAACACGGCCAUUUUACCAAAAGAGUAUACAUUGCUACCCAAAAAGUAUUACAAUUCUAUUCCAUAACAAGUCAGACAAGAGAAAAAGACAGACUGAUAAUGUUGGCACACUUCUGUAUAAAAAUAGUCUGCUAAAGGUCAUUUGCACCAUGUUCUUCAACGUAUUUUCCAAUACAAAUCAAUAACCAAGCAUCCACUCACAUUCCUCACAAUCUCUGAUAUUUUGGGGGGCGCUCAGGACCCUCAAACACAAAGACAAGCGUGGGUCCAUGAUUGACUGUUUUCCCGCUUCUGAUUUACUCAGUUUUUUGUUCUUAGUAUAUGUAGUCUUGUUUGAAAUACUCAGGAAGAAUUUCUUUACCUCAGAAAUGAUAACUAAAGAAUGUAUGUAAUCUUAGGGUCUAAGUAGUAAGUAUUGAGGUUGGAGGUGAGCAUCGGAUCUGACACAGACUUGUACACACACUGCAUCUGUGCUGUUACCUCGUAGGCGAAACUUGAAAAUGCUACAAAGACAAAUAAUGAAUGUAAUUCAGGUAUUUCAGAGAAUAUCUGAUGCCAUUAAUCCAUGUUUUUAACUCUCUAUGAAAACAUUUUCCCUUAUACUUUAUUUUUGAUGUAGAUUUUGAUGGAGUGAUGAUUGUCUUCAUGCAGUGUUUAUGUAGAUGGCAGACCAGAUGUUUUAUUUUGUUGGACAAACUGUUUUUACCCAACCCACCUAAAGGUACGAAGCAUAUUGCAGCAUGCACGGAUGUUUGAAAUUCACAGAUAUGUAUUGAAGGGCAUUGCGAUGUCCUUUUUUAAAUGACCUAAAUGAGAAGCAACCCAAAGAUCAAAAUCUGAAAGUUUUUAUGUAAUUGGCAGCUAAUCAUGUCUAAUCAUAAAUCGUAUUAAACUUGAUACACCAUCAUGUGUAAUGCAUACGAAUUGUAAACACGCUCAUCAUGCCGACAAUCCAAAUGUAGCAGCCUGUACCAAAACAUUUUCAGCGUUUUGGUCUAAAAGGUACACCCAAGGUACUAGCACAAUUUCAGCUUUAUUUCAUAACAUCAACAUCUUUGAAAUGCACAACAUCAUAUUUAAGAUAACUGAGUUGAUCUGUAUUAUCUAUAGCUUGUGUAGUUUGUUGAUGGUAAAGGCCCAUGUUUACUUUUUAGCCCUCCACCCUAUGCUAUCGGCACAAUAGUGUGUCCUCCGGUUGCGGGCCCUGUACAGCCAUGUGGUGAGCUGAGCUUCCAUCCCCCGCUCUUCUAUCUCACCACUGUGUUUUGGAGAAGCCAUAUCUGAUUGACUGAUUGAUGUCCAGUAACCCUAUAGCACUGUUCGCUUCUCCAAGUACAGAUGGUGGCUUCACUCAUGCCACACGGGUCAAUCAGAAUGACCCCAGGCCCAUGUAUUGAUCAGUGCCCAAGAAACUACACAACCUAGCAGACUCAGGGACAUCCGUAGUGCAAAAAUACAUCUCUUGUGUAGAUGUCAAAAUUCAGCAUCUAUUCCUGCUCACGAAAACCGAGAUGCAUCACUGGAUUUAUUUGAAAAGCAUUUGAGGGGAUGAUACUGAUUUUGCUCAUUUCGAAACAGGCACACGAAAAGAUGCUGAGCAGUUUGUCCAACAAAAUUGGCAUUUAUUAGCUGUUUUGAAUCUGUUAGUACAGUAACUUCGUUCUUGGAUCUUGUUCUUGUACAUUUUCUGUAACCAUUUCUACCUCAUUUUUGCAGCAUAUUGUACAUGAAAAUAUUUAUUUCAUGUCUUUUUUGAUGUCUGUUUUAAAAAUGAUAAUGUUCUUGAACUGUAAUGGUCUACCUCAGAAAAGACUGUAUUUUAAGAAAAAAGUAUUAUACAAUAUUAAAGAGAAUGUCAAAAUUC